UGCUAAAACUGGACUGAUGGACAUUUCAGAACUUUGUCUUCCAGACCCUCUCAGCUAUCAUAACCAGGCUUUGUUGUCCAAUUCAUUAGAGAGAUUCCUGAGUCCACUGGCCACGCUGGAGCCCUCUCAUUUCUGGCUGCUGAAUAGAAUGGCCGCUGAUGACCGGCACCUACCCUCCAGUUGUGGGUCCUACAUCAAGACGGAGCCGUCCAGUCCCUCCUCGGUCAUCGACACGGUCAGCCACCACAGCCCCAGCGGCAACUCAGACGCCAGCGGUGGCUAUGUCAGCGCCAUGAACAGCCACUCAAACGGCCUGGACUCUCCACCUAUGUUCACGCCCAGUGGGCUCGGGGCCGGCACCUGCCGCAAGCGAUAUGACGACUGCUCCAGCACCAUCAUGGAGGACUCGUCCAUAAAGUGCGAAUACAUGUUGAACUCCCUCCCCAAGAGGCUGUGCCUGGUCUGUGGAGAUAUAGCCUCGGGGUAUCACUAUGGGGUGGCCUCAUGUGAGGCCUGCAAAGCCUUUUUUAAAAGGACAAUACAAGGUAACAUAGAAUACAGCUGUCCUGCCACAAAUGAGUGUGAGAUCACAAAACGGAGACGCAAAUCAUGUCAGGCCUGUCGCUUCAUGAAAUGCCUCAAAGUGGGGAUGCUCAAAGAAGGAGUUCGCCUGGACCGCGUGCGAGGGGGCAGACAGAAGUACAAGCGGAGGUUGGACACGGAAAACAAUCCGUACCUGGGCUUGACGCUCCCCCCUCCCACCAAAAAGCCUCUCACAAAGAUAGUGUCUCACCUGUUGGUAGCAGAGCCAGAGAAGAUCUAUGCCAUGCCUGACCCCACCAUGCCGGAAAGCGACAUCAAGGCUCUGACCACGCUGUGCGACCUGGCUGACCGCGAGCUGGUGGUCAUCAUCGGCUGGGCCAAGCACAUCCCAGGUUUCUCCUCUCUGUCUCUGGGAGACCAGAUGAGUUUACUGCAAAGCGCCUGGAUGGAGAUCCUCAUCCUCAGUAUUGUGUUCCGCUCGCUGCCGUAUGAGGACGAGCUGGUGUACGCCGAGGACUACAUCAUGGAUGAGGAGCACUCGCGGCUGACGGGUCUGCUCGACCUCUACGUCUCCAUCCUGCAGCUGGUGCGCAAAUACAAGAAGCUCAAAGUGGAAAAGGAGGAGUUUGUCACCCUCAAGGCCAUCGCUCUCGCCAACUCAGACUCCAUGCACAUAGAGGACAUGGAGGCAGUCCAGAAGCUCCAGGACGCUCUCCACGAGGCCCUGCAGGACUACGAGAGCAGCCAGCACCAGGAGGACCCGCGGCGGGCAGGCAAGCUGCUCAUGACCCUGCCUCUGCUGCGGCAGACGGCCACCAAGGCCGUGCAGCACUUUUACAGCAUCAAGGUGCAGGGAAAGGUGCCCAUGCACAAACUCUUCCUGGAGAUGCUGGAGGCCAAGGUCUGAUCAAAAAGGGGGGCUGAUAGGCCAGCAGCGGAGGGCUGCGUUAGCGAUACAGAAAGUGACUUGAACCAAGGCUGAGGGUCCUCAGGAGAAGGAGACCCUCACUGACUGUGUUAGGCAGGAGAGAGACGGACCUCUCUCCUCCUGGAACCCUGGGACACUAAAGAAAAAAAUGCAAAACUUGGUUAUUAGUAUAAAUAUAAAAAUGAUGCAGAUUAAUUUAAAAUAUAUAAGAAAUACUAUGUACAGUAAUAAUUUUUUUGGUUUUUGUUAAUUGUCAGUGGUCAUGCUGUAUAUGAAGAAGGACCC